GGACGAUCUGGAGGGAGCAUACGAAAAGUUCUUUGGCCGCGGCGGCAGUAUUUUCUGCAGGCCGCAAAGGCGGACAAGACAGCACGGGUGUCUAUAACGCACUUGGUUUUUCCGGUGGGCGGACACUAGGAAUGGGCGGUAUAGAGGGGCCCGGGCAGACCAACCAGAGGCGGGCUGAUGACCAUAAGCUCUGUUCACGUGACGACCCAAAAUGUAUCUCGCCAGGAAGCGCAACCUCCAACGAGCAGCAAGCGUCAGUCCGCAUCGACUCCAAUCCCGCCAAUCCCCCCUCCUCCACCCCAAUUGCGUCUGGAUUGAGGGCUCCCCGCCUCACUUCCUCCUGGUCCUCACUCCCCGCUCUCCCGAAUGGCUGCUUCCUUCACCCGCCUGGCGGGCAGCACGCCCAAAAGGCUCUGCCUCCGCCCCUCUACCUUCUCCAGACACAGUGCUAUCCCCAGAUGCCGGACGAUCGCGACGUCGCUGCCUCGCCGCGCAGCUGAGCCGACCAGCUACCAGGCCACCCGCCUCAUCCCGACCGACCCGACCUUCACAUCUUUGGCCAACAAGGAGGGCCCUUCGGAGGCUGAGGUCGCUGCCGGACUCGAAUCUGAGGAUGUAGGAGCCGGCCGCAAGAUCCGCCAUUACACUGUCAACUUCGGUCCUCAGCAUCCGGCUGCUCACGGUGUGUUGCGUCUGAUUCUGGAGCUCAAUGGUGAAGAGAUCGUCCGCGCCGAUCCCCACGUCGGUUUGCUUCACCGUGGUACCGAGAAGUUGAUCGAAUACAAGACCUACAUGCAAGCCCUGCCGUAUUUCGACCGACUGGACUACGUUUCCAUGAUGACCAACGAGCAGUGCUUCUCCCUGGCCGUUGAGAAGCUGUUGAACAUUGACAUCCCCGAGAGAGCCAAGUACAUCCGGACGCUGUUCGGUGAGAUGACACGAAUCCUGAACCACCUGAUGUCCGUCCUUUCCCACGCGAUGGAUGUUGGUGCUCUGACGCCUUUCCUGUGGGGGUUCGAGGAACGUGAGAAGCUUAUGGAAUUCUACGAGCGUGUCUCCGGUGCCCGUCUUCACGCUGCCUACGUCCGCCCUGGUGGUGUGUCCCAAGAUCUGCCCCUGGGUCUCCUCGACGAUAUCUACCAGUGGGCUACCCAGUUCGGUGACCGCAUCGACGAAACCGAGGAACUGCUCACGGAUAACCGUAUCUGGAAGGCCAGAACCCAGGGUGUCGGUGUUGUUAACGCUGCUGAUGCUCUCAACAUGAGUUUCACUGGUGUCAUGCUGCGUGGUUCCGGUAUCCCAUGGGAUAUCCGCAAGUCCCAGCCCUACGAUGCUUAUGACCAGGUCGAGUUCGACGUGCCGGUAGGUGUCAACGGUGACUGCUACGACCGUUACCUCUGCCGUAUGGAGGAGUUCCGCCAGUCCCUGCGCAUUAUCCACCAGUGCCUGAACCAGAUGCCCGCUGGUCCCGUCCGUGUUGAGGACUACAAGAUCUCUCCCCCUCCCCGUGCGGCCAUGAAGGAGAACAUGGAGGCUCUGAUCCACCACUUCCUCCUGUUCACCAAGGGUUACGCCGUUCCCCCCGGUGAGACCUACUCGGCCAUUGAGGCCCCCAAGGGUGAGAUGGGUGUGUUCCUGGUCAGUGACGGUAGCGAGAGACCCUACCGCUGCAAGAUCCGUGCUCCUGGAUUUGCUCACUUGGGUGGUUUCGACCAAGUCUCUCGUGGUCACCUUUUGGCCGACGCUGUCGCCAUUAUCGGAACGAUGGAUCUCGUGUUCGGUGAAGUUGACCGGUAGAAACGGGUGUGGGCCGUUUAAUCUCCUCCAAGACCUGUAAUAACAGCUCCAAACACAUAACACAUGACCCUGAAUAAUUGGUUGCAACAACAAAACAAAAAUCUUGAAGUUUCUACUACUAGAUGUGCAGAUAUCCCCCCCAAAGUGAGAAAGAGCAAGAACGAAAGACAAAGAUUUAAUUGUUUCAUGAUUUACAUUCAGCUUGUGCUUGUGCUUGUGCUUGUGAGAGUUGUAUAUCAGGUCCUCUGUGGACGAUUCAGAACCUACCUGCUGUACCAAAUUCCAUUUCCCUCUCUUUUUUCUUUCUUGGCGUUCUUUGUUCUCUCUUUUGUUUUCGUGUUCGUGUUCGUGUCCGUGUCGUCCGCGCUGUUUUUUUUUUUUUUUUCUCUUUUUCUUUUUAUCUUAUCAUAAGCCUCCC